AAGAGCCUGUCGUUCCACACUUUCAGGGAAGCUUAGACUAUUCCUGAAUGUUCCAGAAAAUAUUUCGCUCUGUGAGAAACCGUUCCGGAAUCGCUUUUCCUCUCAGUGUAUGAAACACAAUCGUUCUUUGAACGUCAGUCUCUGAUCGAUUUUAUGAUUUUUUAAUUCACGUCGACGGAGGUCAAAAGCAUAGCAUAGAGCAACAAAAUCUCGUGAUCGCUGUUGAAUCGCCUUUUACAGACAAAAUAUUUCCGCGGUUUAAAGAAUUCGUAUAGUUACGUUUUAUCGGAUACUUCGAGUUUAAACAGACUUGGAGUAUAUGAUAAAUUCAAAACUUUGGGAGUAGAAAAUUCGAGAGAAGAGGUUAUGUGGAGAUAAACGUAUUAUCCUUUUUCAUUCAUUUUCUUGCCUAUUAAUCCUUGCAAAAAAUGGCAAAAUGGGGGGAAGGUGAUCCACGAUGGAUCGUCGAGGAACGACCUGAUGCUACUAACGUCAAUAACUGGCACUGGACGGAGAAAAAUGCAUGUGCCUGGUCCCAGGAAAAACUCAAAGACCUUUUCAAGAACUUCAAAAUUGAGAACGCCGACAACUCCUGUACAGUUUCGGAAGUAGAAAAAUGUGAAGGCGAAGCGGUAGUAAAUAAUAGAAAAGGAAAAUUAAUUUUCUUUUAUGAAUGGUCAAUUGUUCUCAAGUGGGUAUCGGACAAAGACAAGGAUAUCGGGGGAAAGAUAAACAUUCCAAAUCUUUCUGAAGAAAAUGAAAUUUCGGAAGUUGACAUUGAGUUCACAUUGACAAACAGCACAGAGGAUGGAGAAAAUACCAAACACUUUUUGCAUACACAGGGUAAAGAUGCCAUUAGAAAAACACUAGGAAAGUACGUAGCAGCUUUGAAAGAAGAAUUUACGAAAGGAAUGAUUCUUCCCAAGGAUGAUUAUAAUAGCAAAGACAACGUGAGAAAUAUCAAGUCCGGUUUUAACGUUAAAGAUAUGAUGAAUACUGCCAUAACGCCUACAAAUAAUUCGACCGUUGGACAUAAGAUUGCAACAACGUCGAUCAAGCAACAACAAAAGUUCCAGUGUCGGGCUCAAGAGUUCUAUAAUGUUUUCACGACUAUCGAGAUGGUACAAGCUUUCACAAGAGGACCGGUGAAACUGGAAGCAAAGAAAGAUGGAAAAUUCGAAUUUUUCGGAGGUAACGUACACGGUGAAUUCGUCGAAUUGUCACCAACGAAAAUAGUUCAAAGGUGGCGGUGCAAACAAUGGCCAGCCGGGCAUUUUAGUGAUGUAACGAUCGAUAUAUCGGAGAAAAAUGAUCACACUGAGGUCAACAUCAUACAAACAGGAGUUCCCGUUAGCGAGGAAGAUACAACGAAAGAGAAUUGGGAAAGGUACUACUGGGACGCCAUAAAACGUACGUUCGGCUUCGGUUACUUCAUGUGAUCAAAGUUUCCAACACUAUCGCGUAUUUAUUUAUUGAUAAGUAGAACAACAAUCUUGAUCCAUCCUCGAAGAAGGGAUGGGCGAGCUCGACGUGCCCGAUUUCCUAAUCGAACGAAAAUGGCAAUCGCGAAAAAGCUUACACGUGCUUCGUUAUAUUUGUUUUUUUAUCUUUCCCACGGUGGUCGCAAUUUCCAUUUGGGUCCGUUGCCGCACAGGAUUGGGCACAAUUUGAUAUCGUAAUUGAAGUUUCAACAAAUAUCAUUUACGAUGAAAUCAUCAAUUGUAUUCAUAUAUCUGACAAAUGAGCAUCCAUCAUGUAAUGAUUAAUAAAGCCCGUCGAAUAUUGCAAAA